AUGAUGAAUUCAGAAAUGGCUAAGAAAAAUAAUGAGUCUAACGGAACGUCUUCUUCUCAAACAGAAAAUGGUUCUGAAAAAGAUGAUUCUGAAAAAGCUCCUGAAAAAGAUUUAGAAAAACAAGCUUCUGCUCCUUCUCCGUCUAAAUCACCAUCUGAUGAUGCAAACCCUCCAGAAAAACCACCAUCAAAGUCUCCACCUCCGCCUUCAUCACCUCCUCCGCAGCAUUCUCCACCGCCACCUUUACCACCUCGUUCUCCACCACCUUCUCCACCACUACCACCUCCGCAAGCACAAACUCCCCCGGAAGCUCCACCGCCAGAUUCUUCGCCACCUCCCUCAAAAGUUUCAUCUCCUCCACCUUCUCAAUCAUCGCCGCCUCAAUUGUCACCGCCUCCAAGACCACCUCUAUCAUCGCCACCAGCUCCGUUAUUUUCGCCACCACCACCACUGCCCGACGGUAAUUCUCCCACUCCAUUACAUUCUGAUUCCCCUCCCCCAUCUCCUCAGCCUCCAUCCUUACCUUCCCCCUCUUCCAAAUUUAGUCCUCCACCACCGCACGCCCAUCCUUUGCCGCCACAAUCACCACUCAUUUCCCCAAGCUCCCAUUUAAAACCAAGCUCUUCUCCUCCCAAAAGCAACUCUCAAUCCAAACAUUCCUCCUCCAAUCCUAAUCCAGCACAAUACAUUGGUUUUACUCUCGCAGCAGUUUUUGUUCUCGCCUUUAUCGCAGCCAUUCUUUUUCUAGUAUUAAGAAAGAGAGAGAAACGAGGGAAUGUCUAUUGUUUGCCACCCCCCAAGAAAUCUCAAAUGAAAGGAGAUGUGCAUUACUAUGUAGACUCACCAGGUUUUGGUUAUAGUAAUAGGAACCAUUUAGUUGCAAUGAACCAUUUGAGAACUCCUUCAGACCCAACACAACAACAAAUGAAUACUGGCCAAAUUUUUUUUAGUUAUGAACAGAUUGUGGAAAUCACUAAUGAGUUUUCAAGCGAAAAUGUGAUAGGAGAAGGAGGUUUUGGCCGUGUUUACAAGGCUUCAAUGCCUGAUGGUAGAGUUGGAGCCGUUAAGUUAUUGAAGGUCGGUAGUGGUCAAGGAGAGAGGGAGUUCAGAGCAGAGGUUGAUAUUAUUAGUCGUGUACAUCAUCGACAUUUGGUAUCGUUGAUUGGUUAUUGUUUAUCUGAGCAAAAAAGAGCUCUCAUUUAUGAGUUUGUUCCUAACGGGAAUCUUGAUCAACAUUUGCAUGAAAGUGAAUGGAAUGUUUUGGAUUGGUCCAACAGGAUGAAGAUAGCAAUUGGUGCUGCAAGGGGCUUAGCAUAUUUACACGAAGGAUGCAACCCAAAGAUUAUUCACAGAGAUAUUAAGUCGUCGAAUAUACUCUUGGAUAAUGCUUAUGAGGCACAAGUUGCAGACUUUGGACUUGCCAGAUUAACCGACGAUGCUAAUACUCAUGUAUCAACUAGGGUGAUGGGUACAUUUGGCUAUAUGGCUCCAGAGUAUGCAACGAGUGGAAAACUAACGGAUAGAUCAGAUGUUUUCUCAUUCGGAGUUGUUCUUCUUGAGCUCAUAACUGGAAGGAAACCUGUUGAUGCAACACAACCCGUGGGGGAUGAGAGUUUGGUCGAGUGGGCUCGUCCACUUCUCCUUCGUGCAAUCCAGACAGGUGACUUUAGUGAACUAGCAGACCCAAGGCUUCAACGACAAUACGUUGACAGUGAAAUGUUUAGAAUGAUCGAGGCAGCUGCAGCAAGUGUUCGCCAUUCUGCCCCAAAACGACCCCGUAUGGUUCAGAUUGCAAGAGCCUUGGACAGUGGAGAUCAACUCUAUGAUCUAUCAAAUGGGGUUAAAUAUGGUCAGAGCACAAUUUACGAUUCUGGACAGUAUAAUGAAGACCUUAUGAGAUUCAAAAGGAUGGCUAAUGGAAGUUUUGAUGACUCUGAAUUCGAUAUUUAUAGCUCGGAAUACAGUUCAAGAGACAUGCCUAGUGGAUCUGCAUGGAUACCACAUACUCCAAGUGCCGAUUUGCAAGUUAAACCUGUCCAAGAAUAA